AUGAAAAUAAAUAACUAGAAAAAAGAAAACGUUUAAAAAUAAUAAAAAGGUGGAUCUGUAAAUUUAAAUUUUUCUUGCAACAAAUACUCAAUCAAUAAAUUAGAAUUAUUCUAGCAAAAUUUGUUGAAAAGAUAAUAUCUUGUGAAAUAAUUGAUCAUUAAUUUGAAUGAAAGUCAUUUAAGCGAUUAAAUGAUGAAAAAUUUAUAAGAAAUUCUAUUAAAAGCUAAAGUUUAAGAAAAUUUUGAAUUGAAUUUAGUAAGUAGUUUAAUUGAAUCGUACUAAUUUAUUUCAGAAAUAUUAUAAUCCUAAAAUUAAUUAAUUAAUUUGAGUUUAAAUUUUGGUGCUGUUAAUAUGUUUAAUGGCUAGAUUGAUUUUAUAUGUAAAGGAAUUAUGAAUUACUCUAAUCUUUAAAAACUUAAACUCAAUUUGACGGGAUGUUCUAUCUAAGAUUAAGGUAUGGAAAAAUUAGCUGUCUGUUUAGUCUAAUUUAAAAAGUUAUAACAUUUAGAUCUAAAUAUUUAACAAAACAAAUUAGGAGAAAAAUCUGGAAAUCAUUUAUCAGCAGCUCUUUGUAGUUUAAAAGAAUUAAGUAUUUUGAAAGUAGACCUUAACUAAAAUUAAGUAUUUUCGUCUGACUUACUUGCUAACUCAAUUAAAAAUAUAGGAUACUUAAAUAACCUCUAAGAAAUGUAAAUAUAUGUAUCUCACAAAAUAUUAGUGUUUCCUCAGAAAGAUCAUCCAAAAUAUGUUAAUUAUCUAAGUAAUUAUUUUAAUGAGCUAAGUAAAUGUGUAAAUCUUAAAACAUUCAGCAUAGAUAUUACUCCUUCAAUAUUUAAUAAUCAAAUGCUGUGCUAGCAUCUUAAUAAAGCAAUUAUUUUAAUGUCUUUUUUAAAAAUACUAAAAAUAAGUGGCUUUGAAGGAAGCCUUUCUAAUUUAGAUUAACUAUUAAAUGGUAUAGAAUUUCAUUAAUCUUUAGUUUAUUUAAGUAUAGAUAUGAAUAUACAACCAAAAAACCUCACUAAGCAUCCAGCUUUAAAGAAAGUCAAGAGAUUGGUUAUGUGUUAGUCUUGA